AACCCAAAAGCUUGUGUGAAAUUUACCAUGGUCUUAGAGUUUGCAAACAUGAAGAACAAGAUAUGGAACUUCUUAACAUUAGUGCCCUAGAAAACAAAAUAUGAAACUUCUAUAAACCCAUAAGAAUCUUAUCUAAAGCAUAAGUAAACGUUUAACUUUUUCUGAAUAUAAGUAACCGUUUAACUUAUCUUCGCAAGUCCAUGUUUACAAGUUUACAACCUUUUACAUCGAAUUAUCAGACAAACAGCGAAAGUUAUGAAGCUAUACAAUUUCAUUAAAAUUAAUAUAAAACAUAGGUGUGACCACUCGAUCGUAACAUAUACGCAAAGACAGGAAAAAACCGUUGGAGAUUAUGGUUAGGUUUGGCCAAAGACAAAGCAUCACUUUCUACUUUUAUCCUCAGGAUUGGACCAAGUUGUGGUCACUAUGGAGAGCCUAUACGCUACACCAUUCAUUUAAUGAACUUGAUAAAUGUAGCAAUGUAAAACAAAAACAUCGAAACAGAUUUUUGUUUUGAACGUUAGAAAGAAAAUUAUUGAUAUGGGAUUUAAUCAGCUUUUCACGUAUUGAAUGUGUUUUCUUUCAUAUUUACCUUGACAAGAUGACGCAUUCAUUGUUCUGGAUUGAAUGCUUCAUGAAAUUAACACUUUUGAAAUUUGGAAAACUUUAUAUUUCAAACUAUUUUAAAUCAGAUGCAGUGCUUUUUAACCUUUAAAAAGAAAAUAAAAUAAAUAUUUUAUAUUUUGAGUUAUCUAAUAACAUGAUCAGAUAAGUCAAAGUACAAGAAUAAAAUCUGACAAAAUUAGAUUUAUAGAUAUAUUGAUAUAAUUCAGUCGAUAUUGUAACUUACUUUUCACUUUCUCUAUCCUUGUUAUUUAGUUAUUCUAAUUUUGACAUUUACAAAAUUUAAAAAUUUGAUAGCACAAAGUCUAAUAAAAAUUGAAGCUGUAAUAUAAAUCCAUAAGGAGUUUUCGUAACGAGUCGUGGUUGGUCCAACUGAAGACGUCGGGUCCAAAUCAAUUGGCCUAAACCAAAAUAGUGACACCAACAACAACAACAUUUGUGAAUGUUAAGAGUAAUAAUAAACGUGACAAGUAGGAACAAUAAUACAAAUUGUUGUUAGAGGAAGUAGCAUUUGAUGAAUGCGACUUUCUUCUUACAAUAUCAGUUAUGAUAUUAUAGAAUGCAAUAUACAAAUCUUGUAGAAUACAUUUUACCAACAACAAAAAAAAAGAGGGUAGAAUACGUAAUAUAAUUCUAAUAUUUUGUGGUUAGCAAAUCACAAUCAAAAACUAAAAACAAGAGAAAUAAAUAAAAGUAAACCGGAGGGACAUGGAAGGGUGGAUCCGUCAACCACAUGAUUCCCAUAAUCAAAAACUAGUAGUACAUUAAAAGGAAGGAUCUUGUCGUCAUCGAUUUGGAUUAGUUUACAAUUAAACCCGAAGAUUAAAAUAAUCAACUUCUGCGUAGAGUGAUAAAAGUUUUUAAGUGUUAUUAAAACGGAAGCUGAAGAUGCAGAGAUCGAGGAGAGAGCAAGAAGAGCCUCGUCACUCACACAAGUCUUCUCUCUCUCUCUCUGCAUUUUCCGAUCGAAGAAAGAAAGAAGAGCUCAUUAAUGUAAUGGUAAUGCGAUUCAAGCACGAGAAUAUCCAGUGGUGAGUGAGUGAGGCUCCUUCCUUCCUUCCCUCGAGAGCGUUUUGGCUUCACGUGUUGAAGACUGUGUUUUGAAGGAGAGAGGCAAGAGUUGAUAAUGGGUGCUUCUCCGGAGAAGUUGAGAAUCGACAUGCGAGAGGCAGAAGAGAAAAGAAGAGAGAGCAGCUGCUGCAGCAGCUCAGAUUUUCCGAUAUCGGAAACAAUCAGACGAGAGGAGGAGGAGGAACAAAGCCCUAGCACUACGGAGGACUUCACAGCUUCUCCGCUUUCGUCGCGAUGGUCGGUGAAGAACGUCGACGAUGGGGGAGAUAAGAAGAUUCGCCCCAAACAAUCAAGAGUCUCAGAGAUUGAGAUGAUGAAGGAAAGGUUUUCGAAGCUACUUCUUGGAGAGGAUAUGUCUGGUUCUGGAAAUGGUGUCUGCACUGCUCUAGCCAUCUCCAACGCCAUCACCAAUCUUUGUGCUACCUUGUUCGGGCAACUAUGGAGGUUAGAGCCUCUUCCUAAGGAGAAGAAAGACAUGUGGAGACGAGAAAUGGAAUGGCUUCUCUGUGUCAGUGAUCACAUCGUUGAGAUGACUCCUACUUGGCAAACAUUCCCUGAUGGAACCAAACUCGAGAUAAUGACCUGCAGACCAAGAUCAGAUCUUUAUGUUAACCUCCCAGCUCUCAGAAAACUGGAUAACAUGCUUCUCGAGAUAUUAGAUAGCUUUGAGGAGACUGAGUUUUGGUAUGUCGACCAAGGAAUCGUGGCACACGAAUCAGCAGCAGACGGAUCAUCUUCUUUUCGAAAAUCUUUUCAGAGACAAGAAGACAAAUGGUGGCUACCGGUUCCACGUGUUUCACCAGGAGGUUUGCAAGAGAACUCAAGAAAACAGUUGCAGCAUAAACGGGACUGCACUAAUCAGAUACUAAAAGCUGCUAUGGCCAUCAACAGCAUCACACUCGCCGACAUGGAGAUCCCUGAAUCAUAUCUCGAAUCUCUUCCACGGAGAGGAAGAUCCUGCCUCGGUGAUCUGAUCUACAGAUACAUCUCGUCAGAUCAAUUCUCACCUGAAUAUCUUCUUGAUUGCCUUGACUUAUCCUCUGAACAUCAAGCCAUAGAGAUAGCUAACCGAGUGGAGUCAUCCAUCUACCUGUGGCACAAAAGGUCUAAUUCAAAACCAGCUACUAAUACCAAAACGUCGUGGGAGAUGGUGAAAGAACUAAUGGUUGAUGGAGAGAAGCUAGAGGUGAUGGCCGAUCGAGCUGAAAGUCUGUUGAUUUCUUUAAAACAACGGUUCCCUGGUCUCCCUCAAACCGCUCUAGACAUGAGCAAAAUCCAAUACAACAAGGACAUUGGAAAAUCGAUUCUGGAAAGCUACUCGAGAGUUCUAGAGAGCUUAGCGUUCAACAUUGUAGCACGUAUCGAUGACUUGCUCUUUGUUGAUGAUCUUACGAGACACUCAUCGGAUCAGAUACCAACAACAUUGGGUAACAACGGUAGUGACGCUGUAAAGAACAAUGCAUUGACUGCUACAACCUACACAACACCAAGCUACUCUCCUGCAAAAGCGGAGCUGGGAACAUCAGUCACAACAGUGCCGCCGUCUCCUUCAAGGUUCAAGAUUCCUCACAGUAGCAGCGUUAAAAGGGUUUUGACGGCUUAUGUAACAAAGAACGAACCAAGACUGAAGGAUAUUCAGGUGGAAAGAUCGAGUCGUUCAUCGUCGAGUGAGAGAUUGUCUCUCGAGAAAUGCAUGAAGGAGUCGUUGAAUGUGUCGAACCUUGAUCCUGGGAUUUGAAAAAUGCUCCCUAGUUCCUUGGAAUAGUAGUCUCUGCUUUUGGAUCCCGUUCUUGUUUUUUUUCAUUAUUACUUGUCCUCCUUAGUGUUCCCUUUCUUUCUUGUGUUGUGUGUAGUAGCUUAGAUUGUAUAAUGAUAUUUGGAAAGAUUGGGUUUGAGAGUUACAGAAAUGGAGCCAAGUCGAUAACCAGACCA